AUGUUUCGUUUUGUAAUCUUUGGGGACAUACAUACCGUUUCACCAUUUUCAACUUUCUCUUCUUCCCCUCCUUCCAUAUUUUUCUUUCUCUCUCUUUAUUUAUUUAUUGUACCCUUCACUAGUCCUUUAUCCCAAACAACAAACGAAUUUGACACAGCAGCUUUAUGUUGUCUGCCUGUCUACUGGGUUCCACUUCCCCACCGGCACAAUUGUCCUGACGCUACUGUAAAUCUCUCUCCAUCUAUAUCAAUUCCUGCUCUACACCAUCCAACAUUUACUAUCAAUCGAAAGGAGCAUCUUUUCCAUAAUGCUGCUCUCCCCCUUUUUCUAAAAUCUGUCUCUCAUUCUUUGCAUCUAUCCUAUCCACCAACCACCACACCUAUUCCUUUCUACCACCUACUCCUUUUUUCUCAUCGUGCACUUCUUUCUUCCUCGCUAUCAUCCAAGUACUUUGUUGUAGGUCAGGUGACCUCCGGGAAGAUGUCAUGCCUUUAA